AUGAUAUUUGAAGCUUUCAGAAGUCUUGAAAGAAUUCGGUCUGCAACAGUCUACAUCAGACCAUUCAUUUUUUUCAAGAAUGAUCAAGCUGGUUUCUUUGGAAUUGUUGUGUACGUUGAUGAUAUCUUAGUGGCCACUUCUAAUCCUGAGAUGACAGAAGACUUCAAGAGCUUUCUAUCACAACAUUUUAAAUUCAAAGAUCUAGGAGUCCCUAAGUACUUUCUUAGAGUUGAAAUAGCAAGAAACAAGAAAGGAAUUUUGAUCUCUCAGAGAAAGUAUGUGAUGGAUUUGCUGAGAGACACUGGGAUGCUAGGAUGCAAGCCUUCAGCAGUGCCCAUGGAUCCAUUAAAGAAGUUAAGAAUGGACUCAGGAAAGCCCAUGGAAGAUGCUUCAAAAUAUAGGAGACUCAUUGGCAGGCUGCUAUACUUGUGCAUUACUAGGCCAAAUGUGACCUUUGUUGUCCAUAAAUUGAGUCAAUAUGUAUCCAAUCCCACUGAUGAACAUUGGGAGGUUGCAGAGAAGGUUCUGAGAUACUUAAAGGGAACUUCGGGCCAUGGAUUAUUCUACUCAAGUAACUGCAAAAUCAGCCUUAGUAUCUUCUCUGAUGCAGAUUGGGCUUCAUGCCAAGAUACAAGGAAAUCGAUGACAUGGUAUUGUCUAUAUCUUGGAAGCUCUUUGAUAUCUUGGAAGGCCAAGAAACAGAACACCAUUUCUAGAUCAUCAGCUGAAGCUGAGUAUAGAGCAAUGGCACAAGCUACAUGUGAGGUGGUAUGGUCCAUAGCUCUACUUGCUGAUUUUGGAAUCAAAGUUGAGAAGGUUGUACCUCUAUACUGUGACAAUCAAUCAGCCAUAUACAUAUGCUCCAAUCCGGUAUUCCAUGAAAGAACAAAGCAUAUUGAAAUCGAUUGUCAUACUGUGAGGGAAGGGUUCUUGGAAGGAGUUGUCAAGCCCCUACACAUCAGAAAUAAUUUGCAAGUUACUGAUAUCUUCACUAAGGCUUUAGGACCAAUGGCUUUUCAUUCUAUACUUAACAAGAUGAAUUUUGAGAGCCUCUACAAUCCAUCUUGA